AUGAUCAAGCCUCUAUUCACAACAAUAACAAAGAAAAAGCAGGGUCAGGUUCCCAACCUGGAACCGAGUACGACUGGCUGCUUGAUGCAAGAAGGUCAAAAUUAUGCUCCAAGCGCCCCCUGUCCAGAACUAUGCCAGCCAACCGUCUCUUCCAGUUGA